AUGGAAAUCGAACGAAUAUGUCGCCCAGAAGAUGACAGUGUUUACAGCGAGUUCUCAAUCUCCCAUUGUGCUAGGAAACCAGACACCCCGAUAAGCAGUUUGCAGGAAUUUGCUGCAUAUCUACCUACUUCUUCAUAUCUAUCUAUCUAUAUCUACCUAUUCACAUCUAUCUAUCUAUCUAUAUCUACCUAUUCACAUCUAUCUAUCUAUCUAUAUCUACCUAUUCACAUCUAUCUAUCUAUCUAUUCACAUCUUUCUAUCGAUAUAUCUACUUACCUAUCUACCUAUUCACACUUUUCUAUCUAUAUAUCUACCUACCUAUCUACCUAUUCACACUUUCCUAUCUAUAUAUCUACCUACCUAUCUACCUAUUCACACUUUCCUAUCAUAUCUACCUACCUAUUCACACUUUUCUAUCUAUAUAUCUACCUACCUAUCUACCUAUUCACACUUUUCUAUCUAUAUAUCUACCUACCUAUCUACCUAUUCACACUUUUCUAUCUAUAUAUCUACCUACCUAUCUACCUAUUCACACCUUUCUAA